AUCCGAUAUCCGACACUUGAACUCGUCAUCUGCAAACUUAGCGACUAAAGCAUCCACCGCGACUGAUACCAGUUCAAGAUUCCAUUGGUCCUUCCUGCUUACUCCGAAUUGUGAAAGUCUCUUGGAACCCAUCGGCAUCAUUGCCGGAGCGGAUGACCCCAUUCUGCGAUACGCUGAGCUGGUAAGUAGUUUAUAACUUUCCUGCAGCGACCGAAGGGGGAGUCCUUCAAGUUGUUUGCCACAUAGUAAGGUACAACCAACUCUUCUAAUCCCAUCAAAUAAAAUGUCUUCUGGGCAAACGCUUGCCCAGAUGAAUCUCACGUGUAUGUGGCUCGAAGCCAUACUUUACGGAAUCAAUUGUAUAUUAUUCGGGACGUGUAUUUGUGUCAUCUCCAUUAGGAAUCCAGCCCACAGCAAGCUUCUGCUCGGUGCCACCUCGUUUCAAUUCGCGCUGGCAACUGCACAUGUGAUAUUGAUGUUUGUACAAGCGAUGAUUGCAUUCACGAGCACGAUGAACACUGGUGUCCCCGGCGGGGCAAACUUUUAUUAUGCAGCUACCGCAGGAAACCGUAUUUUCUUAGCUUCUCAGUCAAUGUACUUUCUCAAUGUAUUUGCUCAAGAACUACUUUUGAUAUGGAGACUCUACAUCGUCUGGAAUCAGAAUAUCAAAGUUUGCAUUGUACCGCUCAUUAUGUGGGUAGCUCACUGUGUUACCGCUUCUAUCGCCGUCGCCUUGCUCGCGCCCAAGCACACCGACAUCUUUUCGCAUACUUUUCGAGCCUUCGCAUUGUCCGGAUGGUCACUCGAGAUGAUCUUAAAUAUAACAGUAACUACUGGUAUCGUGUACCGGAUCUGGCGAACAGGACAACAGACAGCUGCUCUGACCACUUGGGGCACCUUCAAGUACAAAAGCACCAUCGUGGCGAUCGUGGAAUCUGGGGCGCUCAUCACAGUUUGUACAUGCGUGAUGUUCUUUUUAUGGGUAGCAGGUCAUGUUGCGGGGUUAGUGGCAAUUGAUAUUGCAAUGCAAGUCGCUACAAUGACCCCUCUCCUCAUUAUCGUCCGCGCCGGUCUUAAACGCGCUAAUUUCAGCCUUAAAGUUGGAACAUCUGGGAGAUACUCGUCAUCCCACCCUAGAUCCUUGGAGUUCAACGCCGUUACAAUCGGCGAUUACCCAAUGGACAUCACAUCUAAAUAUAGCACAGGAGGAAGUGAUAAUUAGGAGAGAGAUGUUGGUCUCGGAGGAUGAAGUAUUUGUAAGCGACUACAACGUCACGAAGCCCAUGUCGAGACUGAA